AACCAGUUUUGACCAAUCAUUAGUUGUCCUUCACACAUCAGAACCGCAAAACGAUGGAGAGCACAAAUACGUCACUUUGAACAAUACCAUCGCCGAUUGUCAGCAUGCUGGCCAGGAAAGGUUUGGUGCCGGACGGCUUCUUACUGACCCGGCUAGCAGAGGAGCGCGAGCAUCCGAACCGGAAGCGCUCCAGGAGCCAGCGGGCGCGCUUCAUCACCAAGACCGGCUCGUGUAAUGUGGCCCACAAGAACAUCAGGGAGCAGGGUCGCUUCCUGCAAGAUGUGUUCACCACCAUGGUGGACCUGAAGUGGCAGCACUUGCUCCUAAUCUUCACGUCGGCCUUCCUGUGCUCGUGGAUGCUGUUCGCCAUGAUCUGGUGGCUCCUGGCUUUCGCCCACGGGGAUCUCCAGCCUCUGCACCACCGCGUGGGGAUGGAGAUCGUUCCCUGCGUCACCGCCAUCAACUCCUUCACAUCCGCCUUUCUCUUCUCCAUCGAAGUCCAGGUGACCAUUGGCUUCGGUGGACGUAUGGUGACGGAGGAGUGCCCGGCAGCCAUCGUGGUUCUGAUCGUUCAGAACAUCCUGGGCCUGAUCAUCAACGCGGUGAUGCUGGGCUGCGUUUUCAUGAAGACGGCGCAGGCCAACCGGCGGGCCGAGACGCUCAUCUUCUCCCGCAACGCCGUGGUGGCCCCCCGCAACGGGCGGCCCACCUUUAUGUUCAGGGUGGGCGACCUCCGCAAGAGCAUGAUCAUCUCGGCUACCGUCCAGCUGCAGGUGAUCCGUCGCACGGUGACGUCGGAGGGCGAAGUGAUCCCGGUGAGCCAGCUGGACAUCCAAGUGGAGAACCCGCUGAGGAGCAACGGCAUCUUCCUGGUAUCUCCGCUCAUCAUCAGCCACACGCUAGAGAGAGGAAGUCCACUCUAUGACCUGUCUGCUCACUCUCUGGCCACCGCUGACCUUGAGGUCAUCGUCAUCCUGGAAGGCGUGGUGGAGACGACAGGCAUGAGCAUGCAAGCCAGAACGUCGUACACGCCGGACGAGAUCCUGUGGGGCCGCCGCUUCGUGUCCAUCGUGAGCGAGGAGGACGGCCGCUACUGCGUUGACUACUCCAAGUUCGGCAACACGCUUCCCGUGCGCAUGUCGGGGCUCAGCGCCAAAGAACUGGAGCAGACGCGCGGCGUCCGGGAGGCCGGCGCUGACGAUGCCGCCGACGUGCGACCGCAGGGUUGGGGACUGGUGCGGGCCGGGAGGCGGGCCAUCCGGAGGGGGGGGCGGGCCUGCGAGGGCGCUGCAUCCCAACCCUGGUACGACCCAGCCCGGGAGGAGGCGGAGCCCGCCGCCCGGGUGGAGGCGCAACCCGCCGCCCACCAGGAGGCCGUGCCCCUUGAGGUCAUCGGCUGAGGGAUGUGCGAAUGAAUCCUUUUGGGGGCGGGGCGCCGACAGACACACAUUCACAGACAGCACAACCCACGCACAACACCGGCGCAGAGGCGAUUGGACUCCAAACAACUUGAAACGACAAA